GUAUGCGAUGUUCGGUUUUCAGAGAAGGGGAUUGGGGGCUCCGCGACUAUUGCUCUCGCUUCUGCUCCUUGCAUUCCUGGAGGAGGGGAGCGGCCAGCUCCACUACUCGGUCCCCGAAGAGGCCAAACACGGUACCUUCGUGGGCCGCAUCGCGCAGGACCUGGGACUGGAGCUGGCGGAGCUGGUGCCGCGCCUGUUCCGGGUGGCGUCCAAAGGCCGAGCGGACCUUCUGGAGGUGAAUCUGCAGAAUGGCAUUUUCCAAGUGCCAAAGGCCUCUUCGCGGGCGUUGGCAAGCGCUGUGGGCCCAGAGGCGGCGCUGGUGGAUGUCAACGUGUACCUCAUCAUCGCCAUCUGCGCGGUGUCCAGCCUGUUGGUGCUCACGCUGCUGCUGUACACAGCCCUGCGGUGCUCGGCGCCGCCUAGCGAAGGCGCGUGCGGGCCGGGCAAGCCCAGGCUGGUGUGCUCCAGCGCGGUGGGGAGCUGGUCAUACUCCCAGCAGAGGCGGCAGAGAGUGUGCUCUGGAGAGGGUCCACCCAAGACCGACCUCAUGGCCUUCAGCCCUAGUCUUCCACCAGGUCUUGAUAGAGAAGACCAAGGGGAAAAGCAGGAGGCAGUAUCGAAUCACCCUGGACAGGAAUCUAAGCAACCGGACUCGCGUUUUCCGCUAGAGGGAGCUUCUGAUGCGGAUAUAGAAGAGAAUGCUCUAUUAACCUACAGACUAAGUCAAAACCAGUAUUUUUCUUUAGAGUCACCAACAAAUAGUAAGCAGACCAAAAGACUGUCACUUAUACUAAAGAAGUCUCUGGAUAGAGAGAAAACUCCGGAACUUAAUUUGGUGCUGACGGCUACAGACGGCGGAAAACCGGAGCUCACUGGCACCGUUCAGCUGCUUGUCUGCGUCUUGGAUGUUAACGACAAUGAUCCGGAGUUUGAUCAAUCAGAAUACAAGGUGAGAUUGAUGGAAAACGCUGCUAAAGAAACUCUUGUGAUAAAAUUAAACGCUACAGAUCGGGAUGAAGGAGUCAACGGGGAGGUAACGUACUCCUUAAUGUCAAUUAAGCCCAAUGGAAGACUCUUAUUUACACUAGAUGAAAAUAAUGGAGAAAUGAGAGUCAACGGAAAUUUAGAUUAUGAAGAAAACAAGUUUUAUGAAAUUGAAGUACAGGCCACAGAUAAGGGGACUCCACCAAUGGCAGGUCACUGUACAGUCUGGGUAGAAAUCUUAGACACCAAUGAUAACUCCCCUCAAGUCGUCGUGACUUCCCUGUCCCUCCCAGUACGAGAGGACACUCAGCCAAGCACCGUCAUUGCUCUGAUCAGCGUAUCCGACCUCGACGCUGGUGUCAACGGACAGGUGACCUGCUCUCUGACGCCCAACGUCCCCUUCAAGAUAGUAUCCACCUUCAAAAACUAUUAUUCACUGGUUCUGGACAGCGCUCUGGACCGCGAGAGUGUGUCCUCUUAUGAUCUGAUAGUGACCGCGCGGGACGGCGGCUCUCCUUCACUGUGGGCAACAGCCAGCGUGUCCGUGGAGGUGGCCGACGUGAACGACAACGCGCCGGCGUUCCCACAGCCCGAGUACACGGUGUUCGUGAAGGAGAACAACCCGCCAGGCUGCCACAUCUUCACGGUGUCGGCGCGGGACGCGGACGCGCAGGAGAACGCGCGGGUGUCCUACUCGCUGGUGGAGCGGCGGGUGGGCGAGCGCGCGCUGUCGAGCUACGUGUCGGUGCACGCGGAGAGCGGCAAGGUGUACGCGCUGCAGCCGCUGGACCACGAGGAGCUGGAGCUGCUGCAGUUCCAGGUGAGCGCGCGCGACGCGGGCGUGCCGCCUCUGGGCAGCAACGUGACGCUGCAGGUGUUCGUGCUGGAUGAGAAUGACAACGCGCCAGCGCUGCUGGCACCUCGGGCUGGCAGCGCGGGUGGCGCCGUGACAGAGCUGGUGUCGCGGUCUGUGGGCGCGGGCCACGUGGUGGCGAAGGUGCGCGCGGUGGACGCGGACUCUGGCUACAACGCGUGGCUGUCGUAUGAGCUGCAGGCAGCAGCUGGAAGCGCGCGCAGUCCGUUCCGCGUGGGUCUGUACAACGGCGAGAUCAGCACGACGCGCACCUUGGACGAGGCGGACGCUCCGCGCCACCGCCUGCUAGUGCUGGUGAAGGACCACGGUGAG